AUGGAGUUCAAAGAAGUACUCAUGUCACUAAUGCAGCAGCAGCAGCAGCAGCAACAAGCACUCAUGCAGCAGCAAAUUAAGCAGCAACAAGAUUUUAUGAAUCACAUGUCAUCGAUGUCAGAUACACUUACAAUUGAUGAUCUCGCAAUGGAAUGUCAGCGACUCACAAAUCUCAAACAGGACACAUCCUUGAUACAAAACCAGGGAUCGUCUGAGUCAAAAGCAGUGGUGAUAGUCAAAACCGAUCAACAACGCAAACCACAGGUGAAAAACACAAAUAAAUCAAAGAAUCGACAAGGAAAGCCUAAGGGUUGUUCAACGUCUCAUGUCGCACGUGACGCGUCGGGAAAUCAGAUCAAUUUCAAUCAAGAAAUUAAUUGUGAAGUAACCUUGAACGGAGUUAUCAAACAACUACGAUGUUUCGUAACAGCAAAUUCGGAUCUCAACAUCAUGGGUCUCGAUUGGAUCGCAGCUUUUGAUUUAUGGCAAUGCAGUCUCAAUAGCUUCUGUUCCAAGAUCCAUUCUCAAGCAGAUCCGAUGCACUUUGAUAUAUCCUUCGUUAAAGAAAAUUUCAAAGAGGUCUUUUCCUCUCAAUUAGGUCGCUGCACGAAAACUAAAGUCAAACUGAAUUUGAAAAAUAAUUCAAAGCCUAUUUUCAGACCUAAAAGACCUGUUGCUUACGCAAUUCUACCUGUAGUCGACGCAGAGCUUCCAAGACUGGAACAAAAUGGAAUCAUUUCGCCAAUCAAGUAUUCAGACUGGGCAACUCCAAUAGUUGUAAGAAAAAAAAAUGGAAAGAUUAGGAUCUGUCCGGAUUUCUCAACUGGACUUAACGAAUCAUUGGAACCUAAUCGUCAUCCACUUCCAUUACCAGAUGAAAUAUUUUCGCAACUGUCAAACUGUAAGUAUUUCAGCCAGUUAGAUUUGUCAGACGCAUUUCUUCAAAUUGAAAUAGAUGAACAAUCAAAGCAUCUUCUAACAAUCAAUACUCACAGAGGUUUAUACGUUUAUAAUCGUUUACCUUUUGGAGUCACCACAGCUUCAGGUGAAUUCCAAUCAAUCAUGGAUUCAAUGAUAUCUGGACUAGAAAACGUUUUUGCUUAUAUAGAUGAUAUUGUUGUUGGUGGAGCUACAGUUCAAGAACAUAAUCAAAGCCUAACUCGUUUAUUAGAGAGAAUAAAGGAUUAUGGUCUACACCUGCAAUUAGAGAAAUGUAGUUUCCUUACUACACAGAUCCAUUAUCUCGGUUAUGUCAUCGAUGGAUAAGAAUUACAUCCAGAUCCUACAAAAGUCGAAGCAAUUAAAAACAUGCCUGAACCACAUAAUUUAACUACAUUACGUUCGUUUUUAGGAGCAAUCAAUUAUUAUGCACGUUUCAUUUCAAAUAUGCACAUUCUUAGACGUCCUUUGGAUAAUCUUUUAAAAAAGGAUUCUAAAUGGAACUGGUCUCCAAAAUGUCAAGAAUCUUUUAAUCAAUUUAAGAGAAUUCUUUCUUCAAAGUUCUUAUUAACUCACUACAAUCCUCAGAAUGAGAUUAUUGUAGCAGCAGAUGCUUCAAAUGAAGAAUUAGGAGCAUGCAUUCUUCAUAGAUUUCCAGAUCAUUCGAUCAAGGCAAUCAGUCACGCCUCAAGGAGUCUCACUGAAGCAGAACGUAAAUACAGUCAAAUUGAAAAAGAGGCAUUAGCAAUCAUUUUCGCAGUCACAAAAUUUCAUAGAAUGAUUUUCGGAAGACAAUUUAUCCUUCAAACGGAUCACAAACCAUUA